AUGGUCCUCACGCGCAAUCUACUGCUGCGGCUAAAGCUCCCUCUUGAACUUCUGAGCAGUAUAUUGGAUAUGGCUGAGUACUGGGCGCGCUCGACAAAUGAAGCCAAUUUCCCUCUGGCCCGUUAUUAUCAGGGGACUGUGGUCAGCCGCAUCUGGGACGAGUUUGCAGUCAAGCUUAUCGCUCGAUCCAUCCCGGUAGGAUUUACCAGUUUAGUAGGAGAGAAACAGUGUCCAUUAUCCAACGCGGCCUGCCCUCAGACUCGGCGCGAAGCACCGAGUGACGGCAUUACACGUCAACAACAAGAAAAAAAAGAAGAAGAAGAAGAAGAAGAAGAAGAAGAAGAAGAAGAAGAAGAAGAAGAAGAAGAAGAAGAAGAAGAAGAAGAAGAAGAUGAUGAUGAAGCCAUGAUUGCCUACAACUCUGAAAGAGCGCCUGCGACUGCGUUGCGAUGCGAGCACAAGCCAUGCUAUAUCAAGGAAAUGCUGGGCUAUUCCUCAGUCCGGUCCGCAAAAUUGUCUUCACAAUUCGUUCAAAAGGCAAUCCAUCAGGGUCAUACUGGAGAACAAAAGGGACCUUUAAGUAACCUUACAAUCCAGCGCAACCGAAUUGCCCCGAAAGGGUAUGAGACGCAUAUUGUGACGUGGUCAUACAGUGACCGCGUGCAUCCGGAUUCCGAUGCUGCCAAGGAUAUUGAUAGAAAGGGCAGAGGUCGUGCCACCGCCGACGGGUCAUUUGUGAGGAGUCUCAAGCUGGGCGACGUUGUUACCGUUUGGCUCAAGUUCGAAAUGAGUCCUGUUCCAACUGGUCAUGGCGUAAAAAAUUACGAAAAGAAACACUGUGAGGCUGCUCUGUUCCACGAUCACGCCGCCGGCCUUGGUUUCCCUAGACCUUGUGAGCCAAAGAGGACCUAUCUAUACAAAGCGGUGAGGCCGCCAGGCCUCGUGCCCCAGGCUCAGCUAGGUAUUGUAACUGUAAUUUUGUGUAAUCAUGGUGAACUCCAGGAGACCGGUUGUUCCGACAGCGCCUGUCCCGAAAUAUCUUCAGUCACAACAACGCUUGAAAAUCUAGCUACCCCCUUUACCACCUGGGCAUCUACAUAUAAUGCCUCGGCGCACACAAAGCUACUUACACAGAACCACGAGACUGGAGGAGGAGGUGCAAAGAGUGCAUCCGCGGAGAAGCACCAUCAUGACGCAGGCCGUGGCGAGAGUGCUGUACACCCACGCGUGUUGUUUCACACAGUUUACGCCAAAGAUGUUCAGUAUCUGUCUUGGACCGUGAAAUUCUUGGUCGCGACUUUCUAUGCCCUGCUGAAAUCACCCAGAGGUCACUUUGAACUCGGCAAUAUUGUAGCAUCGAGCAUUUUCGCGCCCUUCAUCAUCAUGUCCCAGUACAUGGUGUCCUUGCACCGAACCUGA